UCGUAAGCCAAACAAGACCACUUUCUUUUCUCUUUUCCUUUUCAUUUAUUAAUUCUUUUUCUCUCUCUAUUUUUGAUUGGAGAGCUUCAAUUCAACUCUUUCAAAUUUUCAGUGCUCUCUUCAUCUUCGUUCUUGAUCGUCUACUUCGCAUCAGAAUCUCAGGAAAUUGAGCUUCACGAUUCUUGAGAAACUUCCCGAGGAAAAUCCAAAGGGAAAGUGAAAGAAAAUCUCAGACUCUGGAUAUGGUAAUUGCCUUGUCGCUAAGGAGUUGUUAGGGUGGUCGGAAAAUUGCAAGGAUGGGAAGAAAACGACGUGUGAGGGAUUCUAUCAAAUCCUUAUUUGGAAAUCAUAUUCAAGAAGAUAAAGAUGAAGACAUGGAAGGAACUAAAUUAGAAAUGGAUGAUAAAGUGAAUAAAAUCUUGGAGCUUAUCAAAGAUGAAGAACAUACGGACAAUGGCAGCAAUACUGAAGCAAACUCCAAUAAAGAACCACUUAAACUGCUUGUCAAGGAUUUCCAUAAGCAGUACCAAUCACUCUAUGCACGUUAUGAUGAUUUGACGGGAGAGCUGAGGAAAAAAAUUCAUGGCAAAAAAGAAAAGGACGACUCUUCUUCAUCUAGCUCAGACUCUGACUCUGAUCAUUCGUCAAAAGAAAAAAGCAGCAAAAACGGACGGUUGGAAAGUGAACUACAUCAAAUAAUUGAUGGCAUCAAGCAAGAACUUGAAGCAUCACAUCUGCAAGUUGCUGAUUUAAAGAAGAAAUUGGCAGCUACAACCGAAGAAAAGGAAGCUUUAAAUUCAGAGUACUUGAGAGCUUUGAGCAACAUACAAGAAGCUGAGAAAAUAGUUGUGGACUUAAAGAAUGAAGCUGAGGAGCUAAAAGGUGAAAGAACACAGCUUCUCAGUGAUAACAGAGAACUAAAUACACAGUUUGAAGCUUCCCGUCAGUUAGAAGCUGAUCUCAAUAAAAAAUUAGAAGAGUCAGAGAAUGAGAAAAAUAGCUUGAUCAUGGAGAAAGAAUCUUCAAUCAGAAUGAUUCAAGAGGGGGAGCAGGUUGCAGCAGAAUUAAAAUCUUCUGCUGAUCAACUAAACAACGAGAAAGCGGCACUUGGGCAAGAACUGGAAGCUAUUAAAGAGGAAUUUUUCAAUGUAAAACAGCAACUGCAGUCUACAGAACAGCAAGUCUCUGAUUUAAACCACACUCUGAAAGAUAAAGAGGAAGAGAACAGAUCUUUAACUUUGAAAAUUUCAGAUGAGAUUCAACUGUCACAGAACAAAGUAAAAGAACUUUUGGCUGAAGCGAGUAUGCUAAAGGAGAAUUUUGGUGUGAAGGAAAGGGAAUACUCAUCUCUCUCUGAGACACACGAGACACAUCGAAAUGAGACGUCGACUCGAAUAAAGGAAUUUGAUGCUCAAGUGGCAGCCUUGGAACUGGAGCUGCAGUCCAUUAAAGGUCAAAAAAGAGAGCUGGAAGUUCAGAUUGAGAGUAAAGAAAAUGAAGCUAGCAAACUGGCAGAGGACAAUGUAGGACUCCAAGCCCAAAUCUCAGAACUUUCAAAUGAGGUUCAGCACGCUCAGGACACAAUAAAAGAGCUACUGGCAGAAUCUAGUCAGUUAAAGGAGGUAUUUGGUGUUAAGGAAAGGGAAUAUUCAACUCUGUCUGAGACACACGCGACACAUCGAAAUGAAACAUCGAGCCGAAUAAAGGAACUUGAGGCUCAAGUGGUGGACCUGGAACGGGAGCUGCAAUCCAGUGAAGGUAAGAAAAGAGAACUGGAAGUGCAGAUUGGGACCAAAGAAACUGAAGCUAACAAACUCACGGAGGACAGUGUAGGACUCCAAGCCCAAAUCUCAGAACUUUCAACUGAGGUUCAGCAGGGUCAGGACAAACUAAAAGAACUACUGGCAGAAUCUAGUCAGUUAAAGGAGGUAUUUUGUGUUAAGGAAAGGGAAUAUUCGACUCUCUCUGAGACACAUGAGACACAUCGAAAUGAAACAUCGAGCCGAAUAAAGGAACUUGAGGCUCAAGUGGCAGACCUGGAUCGGGAGCUGAAGUCCGUUGAAGGUCAAAAAAGAGAGCUUGAAGUGCAUAUUGAGAACAAAGAAACUGAAACUAACAAACUGGCAGAGGACAAUGCAGGACUCCAAGCCAAAAUCUCAGGACUUUCAAUUGAGGUUCAGCAAGCCCAGGACACAAUAAAAGAGCUUUUGGCAGAAUCUAGUAAGUUGAAAGACGUAUUUGGUGUGAAGGAAAGGGAAUAUUCGACUCUCUCUGAGACACACGAGACACAUCGGAAUGAAACAUCUAGCCGAAUAAAGGAACUUGAGGCUCAAGUGGUAGACCUGGAACGGGAGCUGCAAUCCAUUGAAGGUCAAAAAAGAGAGCUGGAAGUGCAGAUUGGGAGCAAAGAAACUGACGCUAUCAAACUCGCAGAGAACAACGUAGGACUCCAAGCCCAAAUCUCAGAACUUUCAAAUGAGGUUCAGCAGAGUCAGGACAAAAUAAAAGAACUACUGGCAGAAUCUAGUCAGUUAAAGGAGGUAUUUGGUGUGAAGGAAAGAGAAUAUUCGACUCUCUCUGAGACACAUGAGACACAUCGGAGUGAAACAUCGAGUCGAAUAAAGGAACUUGAGGUUCAAGUGGCAGACCUGGAUCGGGAGCUGAAGUCCAUUGAAGGUCAAAAAAGAGAGCUUGAAGUGCAUAUUGAGAGCAAAGAAACUGAAAAUAACAAACUGGCAGAGGACAAUGCAGGACUCCAAGCCAAAAUCUCAGGACUUUCAAUUGAGGUUCAGCAAGCCCAGGACACAAUAAAAGAGCUUUUGGCAGAAUCUAGUCAGUUGAAAGAGGUAUUUGGUGUGAAGGAAAGGGAAUAUUCGACUCUCUCUGAGACACAUGAGACACAUCGGAAUGAAACAUCUAGUCGAAUAAAGGAGCUUGAGGCUCAAGUGGUAGACCUGGAUCGGGAGCUGAAGUCCAUUGAAGGUCAAAAAAGAGAGCUGGAGCUGCAGAUUGAGAGCAAAGAAACUGAAGCUAUCAAACUGGCAGAGAACAACGUAGGACUCCAAACCAAAAUCUCAGGACUUUCAAUUGAGGUUCAGCAGGCUCAGGACACAAUAAAAGAACUACUGGCAGAAUCUAGUCAGUUAAAGGAGGUAUUUGGUGUGAAGGAAAGGGAAUAUUCGACUCUCUCUGAGACACAUGAGACACAUCGGAGUGAAACAUCGAGUCGAAUAAAGGAAUUUGAGGUUCAAGUGGCAGACCUUGAUCGGGAGCUGAAGUCCAUUGAAGGUCAAAAAAGAGAUCUGGAGCUGCAGAUUGAGAGCAAAGAAACUGAAGCUAAGAAACUGGCAGAGGACAAUGAAGGACUUCAAGCCAAAAUCUCAGGACUUUCAAUUGAGGUUCAGCAGGCUCAGGACACAAUAAAAGAGCAUUUGGCAGAAUCUAGUCAGUUGAAAGAGGUAUUUGGUGUGAAGGAAAGGGAAUAUUCGACUCUCUCUGAGACACAUGAGACACAUCGGAGUGAAACAUCGAGUCGAAUAAAGGAACUUGAGGUUCAAGUGGCAGAACUGGAUCGGGAGCUGAAGUCCAUUGAAGGUCAAAAAAGAGAGCUGGAGCUGCAGAUUGAGAGCAAAGAAACUGAAGCUAAGAAACUGGCAGAGGACAAUGCAGGACUUCAAGCCAAAAUCUCAGGACUUUCAAUUGAGGUUCAGCAGGCUCAGGACACAAUAAAAGAGCUUUUGGCAGAAUCUAGUCAGUUGAAAGAGGUAUUUGGUGUGAAGGAAAGGGAAUAUUCGACUCUCUCUGAGACACAUGAGACACAUCGGAAUGAAACAUCAUCUCGAAUACAGGAAUUAGAGGCAAAAGUCUCAGGCCUGGAACUGGAGCUGCAGAGUAAAGAAACUGAUGCAGCACAACUGAGAGAGGAAAAUGUAAUGCUACAAGCCCAAAUUUCAGGACUUUCAAAUGACAUCCAACAGGCUCAGGACAAAAUAAAAGAACUACUGGCAGAAUCUAGUCAGCUGAAGGACGAAUAUGGUGUGAAGGAAAGGGAAUAUUCAACUCUUUCAGAGACGCAUGACACGCAUCGGAAUGAGACACUGACUCGAAUUAAGGAAUUAGAGGCACAGGUGACAGGCCUGGAACUGGAGCUGCAGAAUAAAGAAACUGAUGCAACACAACUGAGAGAGGAAAAUGUAACGCUACAAGCCCAGAUUUCAGGACUUUCAAAUGAAAUUCAACAGGCCCAGGAAAAAAUUAAAGAAGCGCUGGCAGAAUCAAGUCAGCUGAAGGAGGAAUUUGGGGUGAAGCAAAGAGAGUACUCAACUCUGUCAGAGACGCAUGACACGCAUCGAAAUGAGACAUCAAAUAGAAUUAAGGAGUUUGAGGCACAGGUGGCAGGUCUAGCAUUGGAGCUCGAAUCCGUUAAAGGUCAGAAAAGCGAUGCGGAUAUGCAGAUUGAGAGUAGAGAAACUGAAGCAAGACAACUAAGAGAGGACAAUGAGAAACUGCAGGCCCAAAUUUCAGAGAUUUCAAAUGAAAUUCAUCAAGCACAGGACAGAAUUAAAGAGCUCUUGGCUGAAACUAGUCAGUUGAAGGAGAAAUUCAGUGAGAAGGAAAGGGAGUAUUCAAGUCUUUCCGAGAUGCACGAGUUACACAGAAAUGAAAAAUCAGCUCAAAUUAAAGAAUUGGAGGCACAAGUGACACGCCUGGAACUGGAGCUGGAAUCUGUAAGAAGUGAAAACAGAGAUAUGGAAGUGAGGAUAGAGAGUAAGGAAGCUGAAACAACUCAGUUAAGAGAUGGAAAUAUGGAGCUUCAAUCCCAAGUUUUGAAACUUGAGUCAAUGUCAAAAGAGAGAGAAGAUGAACUUUCAGUUCUCACGAAGACCCUCGAGGACAACAACAAUGAAUCAACGUCUAGAAUAGCAGAUUUGACGACACAAAUCAAUAAUCUGCUAGCCGAUAUGGAUUCUUUGCGUGCUCAUAAAGUGGAACUGGAACAGCAGAUCUUAAGUAAAGGCGACGAAGCAUCGAUUCAAGUCAAAGGAUUAUUGGAUCAGGUGAAUUCAUUGCAGCAAGAACUGCAGUCCCUCCACAAGCAGAAAAGCGAUUUGGCAGCAGAACUAGAGGGCAAAAAUCAAGAGAUAUCCGAGUUCUUGAUACAGAUACAAAAUUUGAAAGAAGAGAUCACAAGCAAGAGUAUGGAUCAGCAGAGAAUUGUAGAAGAGAAAGAAGGUUUAGCUGCGGAGAAUCAGAAUUUGGAGCUCAAGAUUGAAUCUGUUCAGAAACAGAACAAUGAAAUUGAGGAGCAAGUAAGAAGCAAAAUCCAUGAGAAUGGUGAGUUGAGAGAAGAAACGGUGGGGCUAAAGGACAGAGUUUCGGAGUUAGAGACAACUUUGGCAGAGAAAGAGAGUGAAUUCUCUUCCCUCCUGGAGAAACUUAGUACAGGAGAGAAUGAAGCUUCAGCUCAGAUAAUAGCCUUAACAGCACAAGUUAGUGAUCUGCAAAAGGAGUUGGAUUCUGUGCAAGCUCAAAAGCAAGAGCUUUCAGAAAGAUUAACCGAACUGGAGAAUCACAAGGUCGAAUUAUCGAGCUCAAUAGCCGAUCACCAGAGGAUGCUGAAAGAACGAGAGGAUUCGCAUAACAAGUUGAACGAGGAACACACUCAAGUCCAUGGUUGGUUUCAUGACUGCAAAGCGAAACUCGAAGCUGCAGAAAGGAAGAUCGAAACAAUGGUCGGGGACUUCAGUCAAAAAUUCGAAUCCAAAGAUGAAAGAGUAGCUGAUAUGGAAAUAAUGCUCGAAGAUUUGAGAGGAGAGUUGGAAGUUAAAGAAGAUGAACAUCGUACUUUACAAGAUAAUAUUCGAAACAUUGAAGUCAAGCUACGCCUCUCAAACCAGAAGCUUCGGAUAACAGAGCAGUUAUUAACUGAGAAAGAAGAAAGCUUCAGAAUCGCAGAACAGAAAUACCUCGAAGAGAAGAGAGCCCUCGAAGACAGAGUAACUGCAUUGUCCGAAGCCAUAACUGCUCAUCAAAGAAUGAUCAAAGAUAUAUCAGAAAAAGCAAACGACUCCAUUAGUGGACUCCAAACAGUGAUCCAUAAAUUCGAAGAGGAAUACAAAAGCCACGUUGAGUCUAUCUCCGUAGUGUCGUAUGACGUUGAAGUGGCGAAGAAUUGGGUCAGAGAAAGAAACGACGAAAAGGAGAAGCUGAAGAAGGAGGUCAGUUACCUAAGUGAACAACUUCAAGAGACGAAACGACAAGAGUUGGAGUUGUCAAACAGGGUGGAGAAGUUGGAGGUAAUAACGACAAAGGGAGAGAGAGAGAAAGAGAAUUUGGUGAAAAAAGUGGGAGAAUUGGAGAAAAUGAUGGAAGAGAAGAACAAGGGGAUUAUGGGUUUGGGAGAAGAGAAGAGAGAGGCCAUUAGACAGCUCUGUGUGUGGAUUGAUUAUCACAGGAGUCGAUAUGAUUAUCUCAAGGAAGUUGUGUCAAAAACGACGACGUUGAGAGGCCAGAGGGCAGCCUAGUUCUUCUUGCCCCAGUUAUUAUUAUGUUUAUUCAUUCUUGGUAAAUUUUUAAUUUGCUUUUAUAUCAUGUGCUCCAUUUGAUUAGGAGUUUGUUAUAAAUGCUUGCUUGCUUGCGUUGUUUCAUAUUAUUUCAAUUUUUUUUUUCACUCUUCAAGUUGAAAGUCGAAAAGAAAGUCAGUGUGCUUUGUGUAAAUUUUUAGAACUAGUAAAACAAAACCUCAUAUCAUUAUAUGGGUUUGGUUCAAAUUUUGCUUUUGCUAGUUUGGUCAUCACUAAUAAGACUGCUAUUUCUAUUA